AUGGAAAACAGUGCUGCAAGCCUGAAAUGGGCCUCUAAUAUAGAAUUUGUUGUGGCGUUACUGGGAUACUCCAUUGGUACGCCGGAAUUCUGGAGAGUACCGUACCUGACCUACAGGAAUGGAGGGGGAAUUGGCAUCGCUGUAGCAGUGAUAAAUUGCAUUUAUGGUGUUACUACAGUCACCCUAACGGCCUGGGCAUUGGAGUAUUUCUUUAACUCGUUUAAAGCAGUCCUGCCAUGGACUAACUGUGACAAUGACUGGAAUACUCCAGCGUGUUACAGGGACGGUUCCGAUAUCGUUCCGAGGAACAUGUCCACGUACAACUCCAGUUCAGAAAACUACACAAUCAUGCUGUGGAUAGAGGCCUCAUUUCAGACGUUUUUAACUCUGGGUCCAGGUUGGGGAGGACUUAUGAUGAUGGGAGCACACAACAAAUUCCGGACAAAUUCAUUACGAUCGUCGAUAAUAUCAACAACGGCGACCUUGACCUUUGGACUAGUCAAUGGCCUCGUGGUGUUUUCCGUACUUGGUGUGAUGUCAGAGGAGAUCGGUGUGCCAAUCGCUGAUAUGAUGACCUCAGGUGGUUUUUCCAUUGGAUUUAUAGCCUAUCCCAAGGCAUUGAGUUAUUUCCCCUUACCCCAACUUUGGUGUGCCAUCUUUUACUUCCUAAUUCUACUACCCGGGUUGGAUGCCAUGGCGACACUUACAGAACCAUUUCUGAUGAUCUUAGAGGAAAUAUUCCCGAAACUAUUGAAAAAUCGAAGGAUCCUUUUGUUGGCUGUUGUCAGUUUUGUGAUGUUUCUUCUUAGCUUGCCUCUCGCUACACAGGCUGGCGUCUACAUAUUUCUGCUGGUGGACUGGUACACCGGAACCUGGAGUGUCAUGUUGAUAUGUAUGGCCGAGUGUAUCAUGUUUGCCUGGAUUUAUGGUACACACAGGAUAGAUCGUGAUGUCCGCCUGAUGCUCAACCGGCCACUUCCCGCCAUUGUCCGUAUAAGUACAGCCUUCAUUAUGCCUGUUUUUCUUACGUGCCUCCUCGUGAUCAGUGUCUUUACAUACAAGCCGCCGUCCUUUGGAGACUAUAACUAUCCUGUGUAUGCGCGGGCUAUAGGAUGGUGUUUUACAAUGGCGUCCAUAUUACCAGCUCUUGGCUAUUCUGUGUGGGUCAUAGUGAAAGCGGAAGGACCAUUUGGACAGCGGAUCAAACACCUCGCACGAUACACACCACGAUGGAUUCCAGCCGAUGAGAGGGCUGUGGAAAUCUACAGAGACUCGGAACGUUCAGCGGAUUUAACCUGGAAACAACUGUUCUGGUUUAAUCUUACAGGACGAGGUGGCAUUGAUAUAAAAGACUGUGGGAACUCUGUACCAAUGUUGUAG